GUCAUCACGUGACGCCAAGACAUCCUAAAAUAUAUUCCAGUCAGUGAACCACGCAAUAGCGACAUGGGAAUAUACCUGCUCACAGACAGCGUCUCCUCCAUCAUUUCAGUCUCUCAAUUGUCUCACUCUCCUGAGGUCUACCUAUCCUGCAGUGGAUACGGCAGUGAAAGGUUUCCCCGUCCCGAAAUACGAAGUCCAUUGGUCCAACGGUCUCAGCUCUCAGCUGUCUUUGCGCACCACAGCCGGAACUUCUUACUCUCCCUAUACAUCGUCCUCAACUUACUAACCUUCGCAUAUCGCGUUCUCACAAUCUUCUACUCGAGUUGCGUUCGGUUUUUCUCGGGUGGAUGACGCAUAAAGUCCCCGUAGCAGUCAUGGUCGCGCCGGUGGAGGGCAGCUCACAAGAUCAGCUUGCUAAUAUGCCCGAAGAAUUAAUAUUGAAAAUUCUGGCGCAUAUUUUCGAAACGUUUGAUCAGUCUUGGACCCCUAUCGUCGAGCAACCUGCUUUCAUCAGCUUACGUCUGACAUCGAAGCGAAUAUCCCGCUUGACGGACACAUUUCGCUAUCAGAACAUAAAACUCCGUCCUGGGAGUCUCAAGAGUCUCAGGCAAUCAGUAUUACUUCUCAGCACCCCUGCAUUAGCGGCAAGCGUCAGAAGUGUACAUGUCGACUUGGUGGAAUUAGAGCAAGAGGUGGAUCAUCUGAUCGAUCUGAUUGAUCUAUCAGCACAUGAUCAAAGUCUUCUGAGAUCUGCCAUAUCAGACGUUGAGCUUGUCUUGGGUGCCGCGCUGGGCAAUAGCCCGCUGCAAUCAUGGGUCACAGCAAUAUUGUUCCGACUUCCACGCCUCACAGCACUAAAAUUACCACCAUCUACAAUGCAGACAGGCAGUCUAACUGUUUACCACCCGCUGCGGUUCUUUCAGGAGCACCCCGAACGUCUUCCAUUCCUUCGCAAACUUUCUCUUACGACCCCUCGGGGGCUGCGAAGUUCCACUUUGUACUCGCUACUGCACGUCAAUUCGCUCCGCACCCUAGAAAUCGAAGGAUGGCACGCCAGCGAUGAUAGGCCCGAAGUUAAUGGGCCGUCUGACUCUUUCCCUGAGAUGGUAUCACCAAUCGAACAUCUAUGCCUUUCGCCCAAUCGAGGUCUCUCCUUGUAUGGUUACAUUCUCCCGAAAAGUAUUAUCAGUAGCUUCAUGGCCCUUCGAUCUAUUACUGUCAAGACACCGAUGUUUCCCCCGAAGGUCUGCAUAGACGCUCUUGUGGAUAGCCUUCAAGUGCAAAAGCAUUCGCUGGAAAGCUUCCACCUCUCUUAUGCAGACCACGGGAAACUAGCGGAGACUAGGAUGUUGAUUGAUUUCCGCGAGUUUCAACGGUUGCGAACGAUUUUUGCCCCGACACCCCUUAUCUUUAAAUACAGCGGCGCCGGCCACCCUCCAGCUCUAAUUGACAGUCUCCCCCAGUCACUGGUACACUUGACAGUUCAUGGAACGUUUGGCGAGCUGGUUCCUUCUCGAAUCAUCCAACUCACAAAGCCUUCGGGCUUUCCAAAUCUCAAAAGCGUGACCAUCCUUGACCAUGGCAACUUCACUCCCAAUGUAUACAACGCUUUUCAGGCGGCCGGAAUCAAAUUUACCGAUCGCUGUCUCACGGAAGGUUGCCAUAUUGCCAUGUCUGUUACAGAGAGAAUCAAGCACCAUCACCAGUAUCGAUAUGGACGUGCGUAGUUUACCAAAAUAUGCCGAUGAACCGGAGUCGCGUACCAAGAAGAACAACUUUCACGAAAAUGGCCAAAUACAUCGACAUCGGCUCGGCGGAUUUCUUCAUGGCGCUCUGAAGUUUCUCGACAGGUGCUUGUAAUGCAGCGCAAGUCAUUAAUUACCUACAGCAGGGAAGAUCUACAGCACAUUUGUAGCAAUAAACCCACAUAUACACGUCGCCAUACCAUCCGUUCUCAAAGGGGAAGACCAAAUAGUGGUUCGAUGUGAUUGGUCGAAGCUUUGACCCCUCACAUCGAUGACACCUACACGUCAUGACCCUGAGUUUCUUUGACCGAUCGACUUUCCCCGAUUCAAUUUAGCGUUUACCGCAUCAUUAUUGCUCUUACUAAACCUCAUUUUGUAGUUUCUUUUUUUUGGUGGUCUUUCUUUCCGUUGUUCCUCCAU